AUGACUCAGGAUCCAUCAUUAUUUGGGGAAAACCUCAAUGCAAGUCUCAGGGCUGCAUUGGGAGAUAACAAUUUAUCCCUAAUAGCCAACGGUCAGUUGCCCUCUGGACCACUGGAUGGUGUUGAGGAUUUAUCUAUGAAGUCUCAAGCUAGCCACUUAGAAAAUCUCAGUACAGAACCAAUCAGUGAAGAGGAACUCCUUUUAAGUAUUAAACAAGAACCCCCCUGUGAAACGGACAACAUGACAACUACACCUUCGAUAUUACGUCCAUCCGAGCUACCAAUGUUGGGUCCAUCGGCAAGUGAAGCUUCACUGAUGACCUCUCAGCCCUCUGAUACUGCUGCCAUGAUGGGGAGCAACUCAGAUACACCAAUGCUCAGGCAAAACCCAAGUGACACUACUCUCAUGUGUUCUGCAGCAGAUGUGUCAUCUUCGAUUCAUUCAGUUGAUACGCCGACAAUGUGUCCGGCCACGGACUCCUCUUUAAUGUGUACUGGUAACGAUACAUCGAUGAUGGGAGAGACCUCAGACAUGUACCCACCGUCAGAGGCAUCAGGCACAAAUGAUACCAUCAAUGAUCAUGAAAACUGUGCCGUAGAUUUCUCUAUGGUUGAAGAACCGGCCACACCACCGCCGCCAGACAGAUUGGAGUCAAAUCAUGGGGUUCAAACUCCAUCUGAAUUAGUCUCACAUUCCUCAGAUGCAUAA